GAUAAUGAAUUGAUUUUCACAAAAUCCAGCGACAAUCGCAGAUAUCAUGACCCUAAAUGGAUGACAAAAGCCCAGAUUGGAAAGAAACUAAUCAGACGAACAAUAUACAGGAAACAGAAUUGGAGAAUCUAGAGAAAGAGGACUUGAGCAGUACAGCUUCCAAAAAUGAGGAUGUUCUCAGUAAUCGCAGCUCCCUUGGAGAUCAAAGCAGUGAGCAUUCGGUACAUGACACCGUCAACUCAGUACUCUACAUGCCCCCUGUGGGUCCUCAACAGUCAGACAGCUCUCCUCAGAGCCCUGGCCACUCACCAAGGCCUAUCCUGACGUCCCAGCAGUCUAUUGUCUCGGGAAGAUUUACACGGACCUCCUACAUCAGCGGGGACACGGUCAAUCAGAGCAGCCCCUCUAGACUCAGUCCAGCACACCUUCAUGCUCUGGAAACGGAGGAGGAGGAGGAUAUCAUUGAAAAUCAUGAAUAUGCUAGUUCGGAUACAACUGUUGAUGAUUCUACGGAGUAUGUUGAGAGUGCACAGCAAACCGUCACCUCCUUUGGGGCAAUCUCCACUGACACACAAGACAGUGCUCGAUACGAUGAUGCCCCAUUUCCAUGUGGAAACAUCCAUUUCUGGAGCGAAGCUCACCAGCUUGAAGAACACACGCCCAAGAAGCAUUAUGUGACAGUAUCGGCUGACACUCCUAGUGAGGCGGUGGCUCACUUUAUGGGGACAUACUGGAAAAUGAGGAGUCCCAAAAUUGUCCUGUCUGUCAUAUCAGGAGUCAAACAUUUCAGGCCAUGGAAAAAUGCCAGACUUAAGGAACAAUUUCAAAAGGGGAUAAUCAAGGCAGCAAACACUACAGAGAUGUGGAUCAUAACAGACGGGGUGGACACUGCUGUGUCUAAGAUGAUAGGGGAGGCAAUCAAGGAGGAACGGGCUCGCAGAGAGUGUAAACAGUUACAGCUUAGUCAACUGGCACACUUCAAGGUCCAGCAAUUCCAGAAAUUAACCGUCAUAGGCAUUGUUCCCAAGAAUGUUAUCACCUACUCACAAGAGUUCCAGGGAAAUAAUAAGGAAAUGGGCAUUAAUAUUAAGAAUGUGGGCAUUCUGCCAAACAGUGACCUUUAUGAACUGAAUCCAGACCACACCCACUUUAUCAUCGUGGAUGAGGAGGACACGGAACGGAUGUUCUUUACAAAUAUCCGCUGUCAGCUGGAGCAGCAGUUCCAGUAUCACGUGGGCAGACGGAGGCGGCUCAGGAGACUAUUCAGCUACGGAUCAGAUGAUCAGCAUGAAUUACCCGAGCCAGUCAUAAAGAAGAUGGUGCCUGUGGUAGGUUUGUUAGUACAGGGGUCACCAAGGGGAGUAGAACAUGUGUUGACCUACUUAACUGACAGAAUGCCUGUUGUCAUCCUAAAGGGAAGUGGGGGAGUGGCUGAUCUUCUGGCCUAUGCCUUUGAGGAGCUCGUAGAAAGGACCGAUCCUGACUUUGAAGAGCAUUUCCUGAAGCCAGAAUUAACAAGAAUGAUCGCUAAGAUUUAUCCUGAAGAUUUUAAAGACAAUGACAUUGCUCGCACAGAGUUCAGGAACAAAAUCUUACAGUGUUGCCAUCUAGCAAUAGAGGAUGAACAGAUAUUUUUCACCAUAGUGAACACACAAGGAUGGGAUGCAAAUUUAAAAGACCUGGAUAAAUAUCUCCUCAAGGCCUUGUUUAAUUGUGAAAGGCAGACCAAAGUGAAAUGGAGAGAGAAAGUAUUCAAGGACUUACAGCUGAUCCUGGAUUGGAACCGCCCGGACAUGGCUUUAUCAAUGAUCUUCCAUAGAGAUGACUGGGGGAAGGUCAAGGUUGAUAAAAAAUUAUUUGAGCAGGCUCUCCUGAAGUUAGACAGAGAAGAAUUUGUAGAGAUUUUUCUGGACCACGGCUUUCUCAUUCACAAAUACCUUAACCACAAGAAAUACAAGCUUCUGUUUGAGAAGGCUGAAGACAGGGAAUUUUUUGUCAGUGUUUGUCUGGAAAAGGUCCUGGGGCAGAUUGUGGAUAUGGAUCAAGAAUUGGAUGCCAACUUCCUGGUGAAUGACCUGAAUCGACUUAUAUUUAAACUGCUAGGACUGGUAGAUUUUGUUCAGCCCUAUGAGAUGUCCAUGAACUCAGUGGGACUGUAUGUACUAGACCCUGCAGUGGCUGAGAGGAAGGCAUUAAACUGGUUGACAGUCUGGGCUGUACUAAUGAAUCGACGUAAGCUGGCCAAAGUACUGUGGAACCGCUGUGAUGAACCAAUAGCUUUGGCUCUGAUUUGCAGUUAUCUUUACAAAGAGCUAGCCAGAAAUUGUACAGAACUUUAUCUACGAACAGAGAUGGAAAGGAACGCCAAACAUUUUGGAGAUAAAGCCCUGGGUGUUUUGGAUAUUGGGUACAUGGACUCCAGUGAACAGACCUACAGUAUGCUAAGUACUCCUCUCAAAGAUUUCAACAACAAGACCUGCAUUGAGAUUGCCCAUGAUGCUGGAUACAUUGGUUUUAUUGCACAUCCUUGUUGUCAAAAGUGGUUGACUAGGAAGCUUUUUGGAGCUAUUCAAGUCAAAGAACUGGAUCUAGGCUUUAUAUCACUACCCAACUGGUUCAAGGUUUCAGAUGUUGCAUUUUCAGUUAAUAAAUUCAAUAAGGAUGACCAGGUUAAAGUCUUAGUAGCAGAUCUCAUUCCAAAGAACUACAUGUUUGUGCCCUUUCUAGACCAUAGAUUCAUGUUUUACAUCUGGAUUGGGUUUGUUCCUAAGGCAAUAAGAUGGAAAAAGAAAAGAGGCAUUACAUUCAAAGGGGAUACAGAUUCCAAAAUUCUGGAUGAUGCUGAAUCAGAAUCUGAGGAUGAGGAUGAUGAAAAUUUACCAACAUCUAAAUCUCUACUACAGAAUGAACUGGAAACGUUUAAAAAGAGAAAAAAACUAACAGUCAAAAGAAGAAUACAGCAUGCUUUUCAGAAGCAGGUAGAGAAAGAUUUACCUCUGUGGAAGAAAAUCUACCUGUUAUGGAGUGCUCCCAUUACCACAUUUUGGGUGACACAGACGAUGUACUUUGCGUUCCUGGGUCUGUUUUGUGUGGCUGUGUUGUGGCCAACCUGUGGGAACUUUUACCUGGACUUGACAUUGUGGUUGUGGACAUCUAUUAUACUGAUAGACCUAGUUCAGCGCACUUACAGAAAACAUGUACAACACAAGGCAGUGCCUCUGCUGAAACCUUGCUGUGAGAUAUUUCUCAUUAUGGUAUUCCUGGUCCUGUACCUGGUUCUGAGAAUUAUACCCCACUGGUUUAACUACACCGAUAUCAUCACCAGCAAAGUUGUCAUGAGUGUCGCGCUUAUCUUCUUCUUCUAUCGAUUGCUGGGAAUAUACCUCCCCAUAUCUACAACGCUUGGACCCAUGCUCGUCAGGAUGAACCGAAUGAUCAAGUAUGAUUUUGUGGACUUUAUUCGGAUGUUCCUGGUCUUUAUGAUCUCGGGGGGAGUCACUAUACAGGCUAUACUGUACCCCAAUUAUCCACUGGGGGUAGAUCUGAUCAAGAGAGUCCUAACACGCCCACUCUUUGCCAUGUUCCUCACACAGAUUGCAGAUCUAGAUGGAGAUGCAAGCUGUUCACAUCAUUAUAAAAAUGUGACAGAAGGUUUCUGUACAGCAGAUGUGAAUUUCAGAGGAUCCCAUUAUGCCAAUCCAGAAGCUUUAAUAGUCCCCAUUCAGAAAUGCCCGUAUUCCAGUUUGUUUGGUUACCUCAUUACUAUACAGUACCUGCUGAUCUGUAAACUGGUUCUCGUCACCCUGCUGUUUGCCAUGUUUGCUCUAACCAUCACAAAAGUUGACAACGAAGCCAGUGAGAUCUGGAAGUUCCAGAGGUAUGCCCUGAUUGUUGACUUUGAGGAGAGACUUAAUCUUCCCCCACCUCUGGUCAUCAUCAGCUAUAUCUGUAUACUGGUCAGGAAGAUCUACAACAAACUGAUGGGCUGUAAAAGGAACUGUAGAAAUAUCUGCUGCUGUAGAAAGAAAGCCAAGUAUACACCAGCAGGCAAUGCCGCUGAUGAGGAGAUGAGUCACAAAGUACAGAAGAACCGAAGAUCAGAAGACUAUAACUACUGGAAGAAAUGCUCCAUCGAGUUUCUCAGGUCUCAGGAAUUCAAGGAGAAAAAGGAGAAAAUGGCAGCACUACAUGCUGAAAUAAUCACCAACCUGCAGGAAGACAUGAGAUUGCAGAAAAAGAACAUGAAAAGAAUAAGUGACAGAAUUGUGGAGUUAGAGAGAAGUCUGGGAACCAGCAGGAUGUACCUAGAAAAUAUCUACCACAAACUAGAUAAACAAGAUGUCCAUGGUAUGGCCAACAGGAAGGGGCAGAUAAUUCAUAUAGCAGCUCGACAGUCCCCUUACCCAGGCACUUCUAUAGCCAGGUUCCCCGUAUUUGACAAAUAUGUACCAUGGGAGACAUCAUACGAUGUUUAUGAUCCAAAGAUUUAUACCUUGGCCACUGAAAAGUUUUCUGAUGAGGAGAGAAUGUAUGUGGAUCUGGACAUAAUAUUAGUGAGGAAACAAAAGGAGGAAUAUGCCAAAAUGACAGAAGAGGAGUUGGUAGGAUUACCUCCCUUACCGUCCAUUCCCAACAUGAAGUGGAAUUCUAUUCUCACUGUUGUUCAUCAUACAAAUGGAGGAAGGAAACAAAUCAUCGACCGGAGGUCCUGGAUCUCUAAGGACGACCAGCCCUGUAGAUAUCAACUGGACCCUAAUGGACUUCCCCUGAAUCCUAUGGGACGAACUGGAAUUACAGGAAAAGGAAACCUAUGGCGCUGGGGACCAAAUCAUGUGAUUAAGGCCGUGUGUACUCGAUGGAGACAGAAGUAUAAUCAGGAGAACCAGCCCAGUGGUUAUCUGUAUGUGGAGGGAAAGCGAGUCCUGGAGUUUAUAGCCACUCAGAGGGACGGGGAUAAUCUAGAAACUGUGUAUGAACUACCAGGGGGAGUUCUUCAUGGUCUAUCCUCUCCAUAUUCUGUUGUCUGCGAGUCUUUCCUGAAAUCUGUGUUUGAUGAGAAUGAAGUUGAAUCAAAACCAACUCUGGACCAGGGAGAUAUGAUUCAGUUUUUUGCACAGUUUGCAACUCUGAAUGUCAAUGUUAAGACAUCUUUCUCCAUGGGAAAUCCUGAACUUUCCACUUCUCAGUUGUUUUCUGGAGUUCAUGGUUCCCGCACCAGUUCCCGCACCAGUCUAAGAACAGAGGCAGACUCCCAGGGCUUCUCGGCCUCCCUGUUAUACAAAGGUUACCUGGAUGAUCCACGUAACACGGAUAACGCAUGGAUGGAGGCAGAAGUCUGGAAUUUUCAUUAUGACCUUGGAGAUAACUUUGAGUUAAGAAUGUCAGAGGCACACAGCAGGGAAAAUGGUACAACUUGGAAGGAAGUGCUGCCGAAUGUCAAGUUGUUUGGAAAUGAGGGUGCCAUAAUUCAGGAGGCAGCCAAAAUCCAGGAUGCCUACUGUUAACCCUCGCUGUAAAACAGGAGGAAAACGAGGCCAAAGAUGUAUCUACUUGUAUUGGCAUAAACUGUAUAUGCUUUAAUAUUAUGAAUGUAUCAACAUGUUUGUUAACUUUUUUUUGUUUUGGUUGUUUUUAUGCCACCCUUCGAAGAAGAGUGGGCAUAUUGCUUUGUUGCUAUCUGUUGGUCAAUCUGUCCGUCCACCAAGUUUCCGUUCAUUUUCUUCACAGUGGUUGCACAUAAAGAAAUGAAUUUUGGUAUACAGAUUUUCAUAAGAAUAUCUAGGUCAAGUUCUGUUUUGGGUACGAUUGAGCCAUUUUUGACAAAGUUAUGCCCUUAGACUUAGAAGAAUUUCUAUUAUGAGGAGGGGCGGGGGCAUAAGUGUUUCACAAACAUCUCUUGUUUUUUUUUUCUUGACUAUUAGUUUAAUUUUAGUUGAUUUACAUUUAUGUACAUUUAAAGAAACAUUAAAUAGUUUUAUUUUUUUUUCAUUAUUUAAAUAAUCAAAUAGAUACAAUUUAUAUGCAUAAUGAUAUUUUAUUUUCAGUAAAAUUGCUACUUUUUGAUUUAUUUUUAAUAAUAAAGUGUUUAUUCAAAUUGUGUAUGCUAUGAAUGUAUAUGAAUAUAUACUUUUUACUUAUAUAUGGAUGUAUUUGAAUACUUAAACCUGAUGUUAAUUUUAUUUUUGUUUGUUUCCAAAAGGAGAAAAGAUCUCAUCAGCUGAUACUGUCAUGCUGAGCUUAAACCUCUUUAAUGGCUCUUGAUAUUAUUUUAGAAUAAAUUGUCUUUAUAUGUUUGUGCUGUUUUUAUAAAUCUGUAUCCUAAUUGCUUGAUUGAUUUAUUUUACUGCUUUUAUAUUUGUUCAAUAUUUUCAGUUUGGAGAGGGAUAUAACUAUUGGUUUGUUGCUGUUUUGUUUUGUUUUUUAAAAUAAUUUGGACUAACUUUUUAUUGCUUUAAAUAUUAUUAAGAAUAAAAUGAGCAUCUAUCUCAUUAAAUUAUUAUUAUCGGCUAUAUUUUAUUUGUGCAUUGAUAAGAAAUUUAGAUCUUCAGAUACAUUAUAUCAUGUUCAUGCUAAAAAUGUCCAAUAUAGAGUUUUGGUGCUCUUUAGGUUUUAUAUGUUUGUGGUCAUAAUGAACAUUUGACACAUUUAGAUUUAAUCUUGUCAAUUUUUUAUUUUGUUUAUGUUGAGGUUUAAUUCUUAAUAUCAAAUAUACCUACAUGUAUAUAUACAUUAUUGUCAAAGUUAUGAUGAAUGGAUUUUAUUAUGUUUAUUUUGAAGGAAUGAAAAGCAAAAAAUAGCUGAUAAAUAUAGUGUUAUUCCCUCUCGCUAUUAUAGUGUUAUUCCCUCUUGCUAUUGUUAUAGAUUGAUGUAUUCAAAAUUUUAUGCAGUCACUAAGUAUUGAGUAGUUGGCUUAAUCAUGAAUAAGUGUUGGACACAUCCACACCAUGUAUUGUAUUUAUUUAUGGUUUAUUAGCAGUGUUCAUGAAUUGGCACAUUGUUGUGUGUGCCAAAACCACUAAAAUAUGAAACUCCCAUUUGGCCAUUUCAGUUUGGUGGAGCCAUUGCAUGUGUUUGUAGGAAAGUUUUUCUUCUCUGUAUAAUUUGUUGAGAUUGAUGCAUGUACAUGUGCUAGUAUUUUUCAGGAAUGAUAACCCCAGACGUGUAGUUAAACCAGGGUAUUGAAUAAUGUCUCUCUUUUUUAAAAUCAACUUUUUACAGUAUUGUUGAAAUGUUAUGAGGCUGCACUUAUUUUUCACAUCUUGCCAUUACACAUUUUCAGCUACAUUCCACUUUAUCCAGCUACACAACUUCAAAUUAAACGACUAGCAUGCAUUUACAAUUUAUACAACAGUUAACAGUUUGAAAUUGUGAACAAAUAAAGAAUGCUUGCUUGAACAUUAAAAAUGAAAUGCUU